UGACAACCGAUGUCAUUUUUGUUUUCUAAGUUAUCGUUAUUUCUUUUCUUUAAGACUGAAUUUCAAGUUUUUUCUUUUUGAUUUAUUAAAAAGACGCUAAUAAACACUUUAAAAUGUCUGACCCAGAAUUAGAAAAAAUUAGACAACAGCGUUUGGCACAAUUACAGGCUCAACAUGGGGGUGGUGAUCCAAACCAAGCCAAAGCUCAGGAGGAAAGGAUGCGGGCAAUGGAAGAAACUAAACAUUCAAUUCUCGCACAAGCACUCACCCAGGAUGCAAGAGCUAGAUUAAACACUAUUAAACUGAGCAAACCAGAAAAAGGUGCUAUGGUGGAAAACAUGAUCUGUAGAAUGGCUCAAAUGGGCCAAGUCAACACCAGAAUAUCGGAGAAGGAACUUAUACAAUUGCUUGAAUCUGUUAAUCAGCAGAUGCCCAAAUCAGCGAGCACAGUUAAAUUUGACAGAAGAAGAGCAGCCUUGGACUCCGAUGAUGAAGGUUUCUAGUGAACACUAAAUGUACAUCAGAUUUAUAUGAUGUGCAUAUGAUUCCAAUUUUACAAUGCUUCUUAAUGAUCUUCAAUGCUGAAUAAGAUCAUUGGCAUAAAUUUAUUUAUAAGAAUUAGGUUCUAUUUAUUAUUAAAAUAUCUGCAAAACAUUACACAGCACUCAGUUAGUUCACUUAGAAUUCUGAUAUAUGUUGCAAUAUACAAUUUAAAAACAUUGCUUUAUUAAAAAAUAACUGAAUUUAGUGUAAUGUUUUUCUUUUAAAAAACAUUUUUUAUAAAAAGAACUACUUGCUAGUUAAUGUGUUGCCGUACAACAUAAACUUUUUUAAAUUCAUAUGCAAGCUGUUGUAUACUCUAUACAAUCUUGUACACUGUUCAGUUUCUUAUAAUUCUUAUUUUGUGUUGAAUGUAUUUAACAUUUGAUUUUAUUACUGAACAAUUAUUGUUAUAAUAAAUUGUUAACGCUAGACUAGUAAUUAUAAAUAGUGAAGUUCAUUAUUUUGCAUAGUACAACACUUGCAGCGGGCUUCAAACUUUCAUUCAAUAAAAUUAAAAAAACAAGAAUGUA